AUCCGAAUCAGUGCAGAUCGGUGUGUCCUCCGGUAUACGUUAACGCACCUGGUGUGUCCUUUCUCUUCUCUCUAUCUAUUUUUCCCUCCCUAUCCUCUUCAUUAUAUUUUCCCACCCCAGAUUAAGACUGGUAAUUUUAAUCAAAUACUCAAUCAACAUCAAGUUGUUUAACUGCGGGAGACUGUGAUUGUGGGACCAUGUGUUUGGCUUAUUUAUUGUUCAUUGAAGUUGUGAAUUGAGGUACUACGGACUGAGCUACCAUGUGGAUCUAUCUCUAUUGUUUUUUGUUCAUUUCUAUGUAAAUGUUUACGUAGAAUAGUGUCGUCGAUGUUGACGAGCUGGCGACAAGGUGACAUUCGAUAUCGCUUUUUAAAUGCGAAGGUAGUUGUCAAAGGUGUUCGUAUGGAAUGGCACCGCUGGUCUACAUCGUUCUGAUCAUCACCCUUACAACCGUGGUCAGCAGUGACUUAUGCCCCGCAAGCUGUCGCUGCGAGGACGAACACCUACGUGCAUCCUGUGUCUUCGGCAGUCUGGCAGUUGUGCCAAUUCAGCUGAACCCCGAGAUCCACCAUUUAGAUUUAUCCAACAACCACAUAGCCUCCCUCCAACACGAGGUUAGCCUUUACAAUAAUCUCGAGAACCUAGACCUAUCAUCGAACAUCAUCCACACAUUGGGCUAUGAGAAUUUCGAAUGGCUGGAAAAUCUCAUCACCCUGAACAUCAGCAACAAUGCCGUCCGUAACAUCACCAAGAAGUCCUUGAAAGGUCUCAUCUCCCUGAGGAACCUCGACCUGAGCAACAACAACAUAACUGACAUCGAGGCCCAGUCAUUUCACACGACAAAUAAACUCGAGUGUCUAAAUCUCAGUGGCAACUCAUUGACGAGCCUGCCCGAGGGCUUAUUGAAUAAUCUCCCAUCAAUAAUCGUUCUCGAUUUAUCAAGAAAUUCACUCCUAGAGAUGCCAUCAAGCAAUCUCCUUCUGACUUCCACCUUGACAACUCUAAACUUGGCUACUAACCUCAUAGACACCAUUCCCCCCGACUCGUUGAUCUCCUUAUCAUCUCUGAAAUACCUAGACCUCGCCAACAAUCUGAUAAGAACGAUCGCCGAUAAUGCAUUCCAACGAUUGAAAAUCUUGACCUAUCUCAAUCUUAAAGAGAACCAUUUAUCGGAAGUACCAACUGCAGCAUUAUCGAAUCUCAAUGUUUUAUCUAUCCUAAUCCUAUCGAGGAAUCCAAUAGCCACAUUGGAGUCAUUGGCAUUUAGAAAAUUGCUGGAGCUUCAACAUCUGGAUCUCCGUGGUUGUCGAAUAACGAGAAUAGACGGACGUGCAUUUGCCGAUAACGUAAAUCUAGGAACAAUAUAUCUAGAUGGUAAUCGAGAGCUGAUGGAGUUGCCACCAAAAGUCCUCUACGGAAGUUUCAAGAAUUUGCGUACAGUAUCGCUACGUCACUGCAGCCUAUCAACAUUACAACCAACACAAUUUCCACUUGAUCAUCUAACGACAUUCAGAGUAGGUGGAAAUCCCCUGAUCUGCAACUGCUCUGUUCAGUGGCUCUGGAACGUCAUCCACACAGAGGAACAGAGAAAUGAGAGUCAUCUGAGUGUCGACAGCAGUGAUAUUCAUUGUGCCGAUGAAGAAUUUCAUAGCAAGCCAUUGAUGGGAUUGUCUGAGAGUUCUUUGAAGUGUCGGAUGAGCCCUUUAUACCUGAGUCUGUCAGCUGUUGGUUGUUUAGCAGCUACUGGUACAAUUCUCGGACUCAUAGUCUACCUCACUCGAGGUAAACGACAAAAACGCCCGUCAUACUCACCACCGAACAAGCCCGAACUUCUUGUUUAUGUUGAACCAAACAAUGAUGUCGCCAAGAAUCAGUCAAGACUGAUACCCAGAAAGGAGGAGGGAUUUUGUGAGCUGUCGCAAAAUCAAUUUGGAAAAACUAAUGGAGUUGAGCCGGAGGGUAUAUACCAGACGCCCUAUUACAAUCGCAACAACUCCACGAGCAUUGAGGGAGUUUAUGCGGUUGCGGAUGUGACUGAUCUCAGAGAUACACCACCGGAAGUACUUGGACUUUAUCGUAUGCACAGCCCCAAGCCAUCUAGGAUACGACGGCUACCUGUCACCAGUGGAGAUUACAACUACGAUUAUGAGUAUCGGUCCUCAUUCCAACAAAAGCCUCACGUUGUUUUUGUCUGAAAUUGAUGAGAAACCGCUUCAGUUCCUUUUGCGGCUUGAUGUAUAAAACGUUAACGUUUUGGCUUUUGUGUGACGAAGUUUGCCAACUUCGUGAUGUGCUCGGUGCCUUAAAAGGGUUUCCCCUCCUGUCUCUGUCCUCUCACUCCAUUCACUUUGAAGAUUUCUACGGUUAUUGUGUGGGCAUCCCUUGUUUCCUAUUCGUGCGGUGGAAAUUCAAAGGUGACUUGAUGAAAAUUCGAGACUCAGUGUUUAGUCAGCUCUUAACUCAUCAUCAUUUAUUAUUUAAUCGUCUGAGGUGAAUUAUUUUUAUAUCAUCUUUUAUUUGAAUACCGGAUCUACUGCAGGUCUAGUGAUUUUUUUACGGGGAUAGUCAUCAUUUUGGGAUCAAGUGAAAGAGGGAAAAGUGAAACGUCUCCGAGGGGAAUCACAAUCCGCGAAUUUAAUUUCCACUCAAAAAUUGCAGUCAAAACAUAAAUUCCCGCCAAAAAAAAAAACACUAGAUCUGGAGAAGGCCGGGCCUUAGCACUUCAUUCAAAGAAAUAUU